GUCGCUUUCAUGUCUUUCUACUGCACUACUUACCGAACACCGAACCGCAUCCCGUUUUUUUCUUUUCUUUUCUUCCUUUCUUUUUUCUUCCUUUUCUUCCUUUCUCCCUAUUCCCUUCAUUUUCAUAUUUCUUCAAACCUCUUCAGACUUCUCUAGACUUGUUCCUAAUUUCUCACAAAGUGCGCAUACAAAAUGGCAUUUCAAAGCGGAGCCGAAUGCUCUUCUGGCUCCAAUGCCAUGAGGCAAUUCACAAAGCACUUUGACCGUGACCUAACUGUUCAACAGGACCGGUUCAGGAAUGCUGCAUCAUCAUCUGCUGGCCCUUCAAUGCGUACAGCACGGCCUACCAUGGCUGGUGAUGAUCAACAGCUUUUAGAUGAGUUUUUUGAGCAACAGAAGCAGCAGGGGGAUCCCGGAGCAUUUAGAUUUAAUGACAUGCAUCAGGAACUGUCAGCAAUUCAUCGUCCUCCGGGAUUUGAAAUGGCUCCAGGCGGCGACUGGUCGCAAGAGUUUCAAGCCCAUCAACCUACAGGAGCUCGUCUCUUUGAGUUGAGUCCUGAAGAAGAGGCUGCUUUCUCAGCUGCAUUUCAACAGCAUCAACCUGCCCCACAUGAGUGGCAAGAGGAGUUCUUGCAGCGUGAGCAUGUUGUUGGCGAAAUGCCUCCAGAGUUCGAGGCCGCCUUCCAAAAGAACUUUGAUUGGGCCAAAGAGUUUGAACUUGUAGAGGGUAAAGGAAAAGGACGAGCUCUUGAUAAUGCCUCAUGGGAAGCUCAAUUUGAGACCGCACAACGAGACACCGAGGCAGCCAAUGCAACGAAAUCUGCAAAUCCCAUUAACUUUGAUGAACACGAGCAGCUUGAGGAUCUCUGGAAUACACUUCGGGAUAACUUGACAGAUACGGAUGAUGUGCAAAAUAUUCUUGAUGAUCCCUCCAGCUGGGAGACAGAGUUUUCAGAUUUGAGUGCUAUCGCUGCUCCUCAGCUUGGACCUUACACAUUUGAGUCCAAUAACCCUUAUCUGACUCAUCCUGAUCCAAUGGCGGAGGGCAUUCGGCUGACAGAGGAAGGCGGUAGUCUAUCAGAGGCUGCUCUGGCGUUCGAGGCUGCUGUACAGCAAGACGAAAGCAAUAGCCGUGCAUGGAUGAUGCUUGGAAAUGUUCAAGCUCAGAAUGAGAAAGAAGAACCUGCCAUUCGUGCCUUGGAGAAGGCAGUGCAAGUAGAUGCCAAUAACCUUGACGCAUAUAUGAACCUUGCCGUCAGUUACACGAAUGAGGGUUACGAUCACCAAGCUUAUGUCACGUUAGAGCGCUGGCUGGCAACGAAAUACCCUGAUAUUGUUGCAGCGAAUGGACCAGCACCUACAUCCAUCAGCUCAUGGGAAACCCACACACGUGUUACGGACCUGUAUUUGCAGGCAGUCCGCAAUGGAUCAGCGGGUGCAGAAAUGGAUGCGGACCUUCAAGUAGGCCUUGGUGUGUUAUUCUAUGGCAGUGGAGAGUAUGAAAAGGCAGUGGAUUGUUUUGUCGCUGGACUGAAGGUUCGUCCUGACGAUUAUUUGCUUUGGAACCGUUUGGGAGCUACAUUAGCCAAUUCCGGAAGGAGUGAGGAUGCUAUUGAAGCAUACCACAGGGCUUUAGAAAUUAAGCCUUCAUUUGUCCGCGCGCGAUACAACUUGGGAGUCUCAUGUAUCAAUAUUGGAUGUCAUAAAGAGGCAGCUGAGCAUUUGCUAGGUGCACUUAGCAUGCAUCAGGCCGAUGGAGAAGGUAAUGGUGGUGGGUCUGUCAAUGUAAGCGGCAACCUGUGGGAGACACUUCGCCGUACAUUUAUUAUGAUGAAUCGACCCGAUCUUGCGGAGCGUGCAGUUGUGGGAGCCGAUACAAACCAGUUCCGCAACGAGUUUGAAUUUUAAGUUUUGGCCAACAUAUGACAUGUAAAGUAGUAAAGAAGAUAUUCAUAAGCAUUUAUAUAUAUUUAUUUAUUUGAUCGCUGGAUGUUAUGAGUUUUAAGAGAGUG